UGGUCAUCGAUCUUGAAACCUCUACAAUUCAUCAAAAUAAAUUCAUCAUCUUGGUUUUUUUCACCAAAGAUAUAUAUCUUCAUACACGAGCAUUCUAUUAUGGUUCCACCAUGAUAUUGCUUUACCCAAGAAUAUUUAUCGCUAGCCAUUAAGUGGAGGUAAUUAACCAAACCCCGGUCGACGAGUCAUUCACCUCUGAAAAUCGACCAAUCAAAACCGGGUGGCCUUACAUAAUCAUAGAGGAUACACCCAGUCACGUAGCCUAUCACUGGCUACAUACCUAGGCAUUUAGGAUAAUUCAUGAAGCCUUGGUAUCUUCAUGAUGGCUUUGCAUUAUCCUCUUAACGGGCUUGAUCUUGACUUUCGUCGUUACGAACACAAACCCCUUGGUGCCCGUGACAUAAUGGUUAAUCGAAUUAUGGAACAUUAUAUGGAACCAACAGGAGUAACGGCCAAAUUAUACGGAAAGUCAAUCCACGAUACCCUAUCCGGUGAAAUCAAGCCUUGGGAUAGGCUCCUAGGUACUGAUAUACAAGUUUUAUCAAAAAUACUACAGACCGAUUACAACUGGCCAUUCAACCCGAAAGACAUGAAACCACUAGCUGCGCCUCUGAGCCUAAUUAUAAAAUAUUUACGUGUCUUGACCUCAUCAGGUAAUAGGACUGAAGUCGAGAGCGCAAUUUUGGGACUGGUUGAACGGCAUUUCCUCGAAUCUAAUCCUUCCAUGCGAAUUUGGCUUAAACACGUCCAUUCCUAUUGGUCGCAUGCAACCCCUAAGCGUGGUCCAGGCUGGAAGAAGGAUGUGGUUGAACAUUUAAGGAGGUUCCAAGCAGCCUCGGAGACACAAUAUCGGCUCCAUUUAUAUUCUGGUGGGCAUUACCUACCGAUUAACGUUUCUCCAGAUGCCCGGUUCUUCAUUGGGCCUUCUUUCACUGCUUCUCCCUGGUUUAAUGUUUUGAAACCCCCCGAUUCGCAUUCUAAUAGAGGACACAAAGGACUCCUGUUCAAGAUGUUCGGAAAAUCGCCACUCCGAGAUAUAGCAAGAUCACAUCGGGGAAGACCCCAACGUUCGGGCAGUGUCCCUCCAGUUGGCGCGUGGGGCACAGUUGCGGUCCGAAGCGUUGAUAAUAGGUUUCAUCUUGAAAAAAAAUUCAUCAUAUACUUCGUUCGUCGUCGUUUAUCAGAGCUCGAUAAGCUUUCACGCCGCAGAAGUCUUAGUCGAACACAUAUUCGAGAAAUGUUCACGGAUAAACCAGAGUUGUUUUUUAAACAACCUACGGGAAAGGGUGGUUCGAAACCAAUCAAGCACCGAUGCGAUAAUUGCGCCCAGUAUACUCAUCGUACGGAAAACUGUCCAUCUCAGUGCGGCUUUUGUGGGUCGCCAUUUCAUAAAGCCAGCAGCUGUCAAGUCAAGUCGUCUAACCGCUGCAAAUGUCGGCCUUUCCCCCAAUAUCAUGUAGCCCUGGAGUGUUACAUCCGGUGCUCCCGUGCGUGCGGGUGUCCUCACCACCCCGGCCAUUUUAGGCACAAUAACGCCAUGAUGUGUUCUUUCCGAUGUUGCAUGUGUGGUAUCAAAGGCCACUCAGGCAGAAAAUGUUCCUUCAAGAAAUGCCCUUGUGGGGAGCAACAUUUGACUCAAGACUGUCGUUGGAAGGUAGAAUGUCCUGUUAAGGGCUGUAAUUUCUACCUCUGCCGUUUCCAUUGUAGGGAAUGCGGGAAGAAGAAGGAAAAGGGGAAUAAGGACCACUUCGUUGGUAGAACAUGUCAGGACUGCCUGAGGAAUGGAGAGCCAGUCUCAGCCAAGACUUGAUGAAAGUAAAGGCUGAAAAAUUCAUCAGGGUUGUCACAAUAUUUUGAUAGGCUGAUUAUUGCAGAUAUGGUGAUACAUUUUUCGUCAUACCAUAGCGGCAGGGCGCUGCAAGGUGGUCAGGUUGAGGCUAGGUGACUAUCUACCUAGUACUUUUUAUGGAUGUGAUGACUAGGUAUCAUAAAAUUCUCGUGAUGUUUAUGAAACUGCUUAUUGAUAUGAAAGC